CUGGCAGAAAGAGAGCCUGGAGAGGUGCAGGGUGGACUCUGGUCCUGGCAGAGGGUUGGACCACAGUGCCCUUGGGGUCCCUUCCAAUGUUCUCUUUCUCUAUGGGUCUAUGGCCCAUCAUCCAGCAAGUGCUGCCAGAGGUUGGGGAAAGUGCCAGAGAUGCCUGGCGGAGCUGUCCAUCAUCCCAGAGACCCUCCUCCUCUUCCUCCUUGUGGUUUCCAAGGAGAGAUUAAUGUGGCAGCCGGAGAAGACUAGUGUGUGAAGGCAAGGGCAGAAAUCAUUCUCCUCUGCUUACCUCCACCUCUCAACCCUUUCCUGCAGCUAAGAGAAGGAGGCAGAAAGCAAGCAAGCAAGGAAAGAAGGUGCCCUUUGCAAGAGGAAAAAUCUCCACAACACAAGGAGAAGAAGCGUAGCCCUGGCAGCAUCAGCAGCAUCAGCAGCACUCUCCUCCUGAAAAGCUGGGACUUUGCAGAGAGCUUCCCAAGGGCAAGAGGCAUUUGUGUCCAUCCUUCCUUCUCCUCCGAAGCAUCUUGGUCUUCUGGAUGAGGGCACAGGCCACCAGCGGUGAGAGACCUCAAUGAGGACGUGGGCGGUCGAAUCCGCGGAUGAGGAAUCCAUGGAUACGGAGGGCCUACUGGACUGCUUUUGCAUGUGGCACGAAAGGAAAAUAGCAGCUUAUAUCAGGAAGAUAUAGUGAUGGGGCUACAGCCAUGAUGUCCUGCAUUUCUUAAGAGCAGAGGAGCUGCUCUCAGAAUCGCAAUGUUGACCACCAUCGCCGACGGGCUGCUUUGCUGCCUGAUGGGGAAGACCCCCAACACGGUGAGUCCUCUUGAGAGCACCGAAUCCAGCGACGGCUUUAGCUUCGUGGAGGUGAAACCUGGACGGGUCCUGAGGGUGAAACACGUUGCCCCGGCCUGCCCGGAAGGGGCGGCCAAGGCGGAGGGAGCGCCCCGAAAAGCCGGAGCAGUCCACUGCAAGCGCCGGAUCACCGUCUACCGCAAUGGGCAGAUGGUUAUUGAGAACCUGGGCGAUGCUGUGCGUUCGGACCUCCUCCACGGCCAAGACGGGGCUGAGCCCAACAGCCAUGUGGAGCUGGAGGUCUCCGAGGGAAAUGCCACGCCGGCCCCCUCGCCCAAUGCGCCCUCCGCAGCGCCCGCCAAACGCCGCAAACGGAAGCCCAAGAAGGUGGUCAACAUCGACUGCGCCAAAGUCAUCACCAGCUGCAAGGGGACCCACAGCGACGUGGUCUUGUUCUUCAUCCAUGGCGUCGGAGGCUCCCUGGACAUCUGGAAGGAGCAGCUGGACUUCUUCGCCAAGCUGGGCUACGAGGUGGUGGCCCCCGACCUCGCAGGCCACGGGGCCAGCUCUGCCCCGCAGAUUGCUGCAGCCUACACCUUCUAUGCCUUGGCAGAAGACAUGCGGACUGUGUUCAAGCGCUAUGCCAAGAAGAGGAACAUCCUCAUCGGACACUCAUACGGGGUCUCCUUUUGCACUUUCCUGGCCCACGAAUACCCGGACCUGGUCCACAAGGUCAUCAUGAUCAACGGGGGCGGCCCCACGGCCCUCGAACCCAGCCUCUGCUCCAUCUUCAACAUGCCCACCUGCGUCCUCCGCUGCUUCUCCCCGUGUUUGGCCUGGAGCUUCCUUAAGGCUGGUUUUGCUCGCCAAGGUGCCAAGGAAAAGCAGCUGCUGAAGGAAGGCAAUGCGUUCAAUGUCUCCUCCUUCGUCCUGAGGGCCAUGAUGGGUGGUCAGUACUGGCCAGAAGGGGACGAGGUCUACCAUGCCGAGCUCACAGUCCCGGUGCUGCUGGUUCAUGGGAUGCAUGACAAAUUUGUCCCUGUGGAAGAGGACCAACGGAUGGCCGAGAUCCUGCUGAUCGCGUUCCUGAAGGUGAUCGACGAGGGGAGCCACAUGGUGAUGCUGGAGUGUCCUGAGACGGUCAACACGCUCUUGCAUGAAUUUCUGCUGUGGGAACCAGAGCCGAUUUCAGCCCCAGAGCCCGGUCCAGAAGCAGAGAAGAAAUAACCGCACUAGCAAGACCCACGUGUGCCGAAUGUGAAGCCUGCUUGCAAGGGCUGCUUCUGCCGAAGGAAGGACGGUCCGCUUUUUAGAGCCUGCAAAGGCAGAGCAGAAGCUUGUCCCACUUUGAGGAGAGGUGGGGGGAACUCUUUUCCUCCCCGAAGAAAACCAGAGUGCACCAAAGAGGGUCUGCCAUGCACUGGUCUCUGUGGGACAGGAGCAAAAGGAACAUUCAGACAUGCGGGAGGGCAUGCUUUGCCCCGGGGUGAGCUUUCCUGCUGUUCCCGGCAGCGUCCUCAUUCAUUUCUCACCUCCAGCCCCAGGUGGGCCAGAGAGAGGUGGGUGAGGGUGACCCAUGGCCGCAUCCCCCCGCUUAGCUCCCUCAGUGCAGGACUUGUGGAGAUCAGUAGAGAGCGCGCAGCAGGAGCUCCCAGGACCCUCGAUGCAGACUGGGCUGAGAUGGUGGCCCCUUUCUCCGUGUGGACAUGCUUGACACAAUCAGAUCCAACCACAGAAAGGACGGCAGAUGGCGCUGGGGGGGGGGCUGAGUUAAGCCAAGUUGAAUGUUGUGCUCUUCAAAACCCGCCCUGCAUUUACUGGAAAUCUUGUGGCCCUGUCCGAGGUGAUCAUGCAAUGCUCCCUUUUGGGAGAAAGAGCCGAGGACAAUGUAACCAUUGUAGCUGGUUGACUAAACAAGUCUUGGUUAGAUUGCCGAAUCUCCCCCUGCAACCUGAAACCACCAUCUUGGGGUCUAUGGUCUUCGAGACACGAAACCAGGAUUGGACCAGCACUUUUCCAGUACCAUUUAUCCAUCAGAGCCCUGACCUGACCCUUUGGUUUUUCAUUGGCUCCUCUGCAAAUCUCUGAUUCCACUAAGAUCCAGGAUCCGGCUGGAGACAGAGGAGAGUCUCGGCUGUUCCUUUGUGGUCUCCUCUGUGGCUUGUAAAUAACCUUUUUGGAAAAACUGUGCCAACAGCAAGAGUACAGCAGGGUAAGAGAGGCCACCUCUGGACUUUGGGAUCCGGAGAGAGUGCGGUCAUCAUAACCAAGCGGCAUCAGUAGGGUUUUAUUUUCUCCUUCCUCACCUCCCUUCCUCUCCAUAAAGAAUAAUGACCAAGACUCGUGUAUCAACAGGGAUGCAUUUUUGUCCCCCAAAUGGCUGUCUUUUGUUGGUUCCCACCCAAUCCUAAAAUUAAGUUCUUCUUAAACUAUCCCGUGUCAGUUGGAAUAGGCAUUUUCAAUCUGGUGCCCGUCAGAAGUUCUGGAAACCUGGCAUCUUUUGUGUCUGGGGAUGAUGGGAGCUGACAUUCAGAACAUCUGGAAGACACCAAGUUGGAAAAGCUUCACAAGGGAAGCUAAGACUGCACACAAUGAGCAUGAAACGGCCAUUCCUUUUGCUUAAAUGGUCAAGAAAGGUUUUAAAGCUGAGCCAUCUAAAAUGGUAGAGAGAGAGAGAGAGGCAGUGAUCAAAAUAUAGUGAUUUCCCCCCUCCUCCAGAAGAUGAAAAGUCAGGGAAUUCCCUUGCAGUUUGAAAACAGGUUUCUCCCGUUCCAAUAAUCUGUGAGAAGCUGUUUCAUCUAAAUUCCCCUUGUUUUUGGGGCACAGCUAAGAAUCCCAUCCCAACAUGAGGCCUGAACUCUUAGCUGGAGCCCAUAAAGAUGUUGUCCUUCCAGCAGAAGCAAACUCAAAUCUUCUGUAUCUUUAUGGGAUCUUCUCACUUUUUGAACAGUUCUGAAACAUGUUCAUUAUCCUUUCGGUUUCACUAAAAUGUUAAAUCCUCUUCCUGCCUUCGUUGGCUAAAUGACUCUGGAAGUGAAGCCUAGUUGCUGUGUUUUUAAAAGAUUGUUGAUUUAAUGGAUGUUUCUGCCAUUAAAUCAAUAAACUCACAUACAUUUGUCAGUCCAGAUAAAUAAUAGGAAUAAUCUGCAAGAGGAUCACUCCAAAUUCGUAGUUAGAAGUGUUUGGUCAAUCUGGAUAAACAAAGGUCAUCAUUUGUAAAAGAAACCAUCCAGUCCAGACGUAUGGCAGGAAGUGUCUGGCUGCUGAAGGAAUACAGUCAGAUAAAUAUAUGAAUUCAUAAAAACAAGGUAACCAUUUGCAAUUCGAAAAAUCCAAAACAGAUACAUAGCUGGCUGUGUAUGAUUGUUAAAUCAAUUCAGGAGUUGAGGAGACUGGAGGUAGGUACGAGAUACUCUAUUUUUCCUAUCCCAAGUCUGAAAAACUGAAUCCUAUGUUCAUUCAUCUGAGCUUCUCAAAAGUUUUCCUAGGAUUUAUUUAUCAAACCACAAUUUGGCAUCUCUUUAUUUUUCUACCCUCCCCACCCAAAAAACUGUGUAAAGAACUGACUGGCAGGAAAGUGGAGCUGCAAAAGAAACAAGCGCCUUGUGACAUUUUUUAAGCUGUAUUCUUAGACGACUGUUAACCUGCCACAUCUUGUGUUUCUUUGCCAUUUUAUUGCUGGGGAUUUAAAAACAAUCAUACUCCAAGGCUGGGUGUCGUGUCCCAUGUGCUGGGCGACAAAAGCGGACUACGCCACUGUUGUUCUGCCUGGAUUCUUCUCAAAUAAAGAAGUAUAUUCUCAA